AUAAGGCUGGACAAAUUGUUUGUCCCCGGUCUGGGCGCUCAAGCUAAAUCGAAGCCAUCUAGGUUAUAGCUGAGCCUUUUUUUCUGGACUACGACACAACUUUCAUUCCUUAUUUCCCCUGCACGCUCUUCUGCGGACUUGUUACUUCCUCGUCGCUCCUUUCUUCUUACGCGCUGUUUUUUGGCUAUGCGGUCCCUAAGCUUCCAGUUGGGAGCGCUUACAUUCGUUGCUUUUCGUUCUUUACUAGGAGGUGUCUUCGCGGCAGACGUCAAUUUUUCAUUGAAUAUCACGAAUGCUGUCGUUGCUCCUGAUGGUUUCUCCCGCUCAGUAGUCACUGCUAAUGGGAAGAUACCCAGUCCACUUAUUUACGGGAAUGUCGGCGAUCGGUUCCUCAUCAAUGUUACCGACAGCCUAACGGACCCAACCAUGAUAAGGUCCACUUCUAUCCAUUGGCACGGUAUUCUCCAGAAGAACGGGCAUUCUGCAUCGAUGGAUGGUGCAGCAUCUGUGACCCAAUGCCCGAUCGUUCCUGGUCAUAGUUAUACAUACAACUUCUCUUGUCCAGUACAGAGCGGAACAUACUGGUAUCACUCGCAUUUGUCGACACAGUAUUGCGAUGGCUUGUCUGGUCCUUUGGUCAUCUAUGAUCCCGAGGACCCGCUAAAAUUCCUUUACGAUGUCGAUGAUGAGUCAACCGUGAUUUCGUUGUCGGAUUGGUACCACACACCUGCACCGCAGCUCAAUGGCCUUCCUGGACCCCCACCUGUUCCCGAUUCGACUCUUAUCAACGGCCUUGGACGAUGGAACAUUAAUCCUACUAGUGAACUUGCAGUUAUUCGUGCCCAGCCAGGCAAACGCCAUCGGUUCAGGGUUGUUAACAUGAGCUGCCAUCCUUCGUACAACUUUUCGAUUUCCGGCCAUAAGAUGAUAGUUAUUGAAGCGGAUGGAGUUGAGACAGACCCGGUCAUGGUGGAUUCGCUCGAAAUAUUCGCUGGUCAACGGUAUUCGAUUGUCGUUAUAAUGGACAAGCCUGUUGGCAAUUAUUGGAUCCGUGCAAUCCCGAGCUAUCCGAACAAUGCUACUACAGAUAACGGAGUCAACUCUGCCAUUCUUCGUUAUGAAGGUGCAAGUGCUACCGAACCGUCUAAAGAUUUCGAGCCACAGUAUCCUGUAGUGCUGAAGGAGACCGAUCUUCAUCCUCUUCGCGAACCUGGAGCACCUGGUGAACCAUACCCUGGUGGUGCCGACGUAGUUCUUACGUUGAAACCAUCUUUCAAGAGUGGGUCAUGGGCGGUGAAUAAUGCUACAUUCACUCCUCCAAGCAUUCCCGUGCUGCUCCAAGUCCUAAGUGGCGCAAGCAGUGCACAAGAUUUGCUUCCAGCUGGAUCGGUAUACACACUCCCUCCAAAUAAGGUCAUCGAGGUCACUGUUCAGGGAAUAAACGACCAUCCUUUCCAUCUGCACGGACAUACUUUCGACGUUAUCCAAACCGCUGGGAGCUCCGAAUAUAAUUUCGUGAACCCUGUACGACGGGACGUCGUUACACCAGGCCAAAUAACCGAUAACAUUACCAUUCGUUUCGUCACGGAUAAUCCUGGCCCAUGGUUCUUCCAUUGUCAUAUCGAUUGGCAUUUGGAACAUGGACUGGCUGUUGUGUUCGCUGAGGAUGUGGAUGGGAUGAGAAGUGAUGAUGUACCUGGAGACAGCUGGAAGGACUUGUGUCCUCUGUACGAUCAGCUUAACCCAGACAAGCAUCUUCGGUAAUCUGGCAUAGAUUCGUCUCUAUGCGUAUGCGUGAUCUCGGCUUCCACUCGUUUCUUCUUGGGUUAAUUGGAGUAUUCAUCAAUCAAUCCUCACUCCUAACGCAACCAACUCGGACUUCCGUACAUUACUACUUGGACUCUUAACUAACAAAGGACAGUAUCUUCUACUUCCACCGGCAAUUAAUCUGAAUGCUAUCUUAUUUUCGCUUUGUACAUGCGUUCUACUUCCUACGAAAAAAUUAACCUAAUAUUGCUUUGCCUCGCCUGUGCUUGCAUGUCAACUGCAUAAUACUAGCACUCCACUCGUUUGUCUUUAGUUAUAUGUUAUUUUUAGCCAGAUAAUGUCAACAAUGCAGUAUAUAUCGA